CGCCCUUUGCAGACGCUCAAACACUGCUCGUCUGCACGAGGCAUCUGCAGGGCACACCAUAAUUUGCUCAGUGAGCGUAUGUAUUCGGGCAUGGGGUGGUUACUUUAAGCAAUAUUUCUGUGGUAAGAAAGGACUUUCCUUCAUUCACCUGGAACACUGCAGCCCAGUUUGCCGUCUUACUGAAGAACAUAGGCUAUACUUCUCAAAGGAUCUAUUCACAUUGCUCGUUCAACAGCGUUAAAACUGCAACAUUUCUGCCAGUCUCCGUCCUUGGAACAUGUUUCUGUUGCAGUACACAGGGCUGAACACGCUGCCCUUCGACCCCUCGAUCAACAACGAGCCCCUGCAGUUCAGCAGCUCCAACGGCCCGCUGGUGUCCGACUGUCCUCUGGAGAACGGAGCGGAGAACAGCAAGAAGAGGAAGAGGCCCAGCCUGCCUCCAGAAGGAGUUCGUAACAUGGCCAUGGACUCCGGUGCCAUGACGAUGCCCAUGACAGACCCCAACGCCUGGGCCACAGCCAUGAACAACCUGGGCAUGGCUCCCAUGGGCCUGGCCGGACAGCCCCUCAUGCCAGAUUUUGACCCGAGCCUUGGCAUGAUGACGGGCAUCGCCCCCAUGAACCCCAUGAUGCCCGGCCUGGGCAUGGUGCCCCCGCCCCUCUCCCAAGACGUGCCCGUUAUCAAGGAGAUCAUCCACUGCAAGACCUGCACCCUGUUCCCCCCCAACCCCAGCUGCCCAGACCUUCCCCCUCCUGCCACCAGGGAGCGCCCUCCUGGCUGUAAGACGGUGUUCGUGGGCGGCCUGCCAGAGAACUCCACCGAGCAGCUCAUCGUGGAGGUGUUCGGCCAGUGUGGUGAAAUCAUCGCCAUCCGCAAGAGCAAGAAGAACUUCUGCCACAUCCGAUUCGCCGAGGAGUUCACGGUGGACAAGGCUCUCUUCCUGUCUGGCUACCGUAUCCGUCUGGGCUCCAGUACCGACAAGAAGGACACAGGCCGGCUCCAUGUGGACUUUGCCCAGGCCAGAGACGACCUGUAUGAGUGGGAGUGUCACCAGCGCAUGCUGGCCCGAGAGGAGAGACACCGAAGGAGGAUGGAGGAGGACCUCCUCCGACCCCCCUCCCCUCCCCCCAUCGUUCACUACUCUGAGCACGAGUGCAGCCAGCUGGGGGACAAGAUCAAAGACGACAGCAAGUUUGCGGAGGCGGUGCGCGUGCUGCUCACCUGGGUGGAGCGAGGCGAGGUGAACCGGAGGAACGCCAACAACUUCUACUCCAUGAUCCAGCUGUCCAACAGCCACAUCCGCCGGCUGAUGACUGAGAAGGCUGCCCACGAGAAGGAGAUGGAGGAGGCCAAGGACAAGUUCAAGACCGCCCUGGCCGGCAUCCUGGCUCAAUUUGAGCAGAUUGUGUCUGUAUUCCACGCUGCUUCCAAACAAAAGGCAUGGGACCAUUUCUCCAAAGCUCAACGCAAGAACCUGGAUGUGUGGCGCAAACAAGCUGAGGAGGUCAGAAACAUGCACAACGAGGAGCUCAUGGGGAUCAGACGAGAGGAGGAGAUGGAGAUGUCUGACGAUGACAUGGAGGACACACACGCCCCCGACAGCAAGGACUCGGACCACUCAGGAGCAGUGUCCCAGGUGGAGGCUCUGAAGGAGGAGAACGACUCUCUGCGCUGCCAGCUGGACGCCUACAGGAACGAGGUGGAGCUGCUGAAACAGGAACAGGGCAAGAACCAGCCAAUGAGGAGCGAAGAGGACAGCACACACUCCCAACAGCUCAGCUUCCUACAGCAGGCUCUGCAGGGCAUGCAGAAGCAACUGCUGAACAUGAGGGAGGAGCUGAAGCAGAGGGAGGCGGAGCUGGAGAAGAGCCUGGAGGACAAACAGCUGCUGGACACUCAGGUCCAGAGUCUGAAGGAAGCAGUGCAGAACCUGCAGACGACACACACUCUGCAGCUGGAGACGUCACCGAGAGAUGACAGAGGGAGCGAGGAGAGUGCUAAUCAAACCAGUGAUUCCCCAGUGCCGUCGGUGGUGUCCUGCAGUCAGGAGAAGGAGGGUGCACCAGAGAAGAGCCUGUCCAGUCCUGUCCAGUCUGAGAGAGAGGCCCUGCUAGUUGGGAUCAUCUCGACGUUCCUCCAUGUCCACCCGUUUGGAGCCAGCAUCGAGUACAUCUGCUCCUACUUACAGCGUCUGGACACCAAGAUCCACCCUCCAGAGGUGGAGGCUCUGCUGUCUCGGCUGCCCUGCACCUUCAGACAGGAGCUGACGGGGGUGGGGGCCAGCCUGGAGAAACGCUGGAGCUUCUGUGGCUUCCAGGGCAUCAAGAGCACAUAGAGCUGCUGGGGACGUCUCAGGAACACGGAGGACGGAGGAUGGAGCGGACCCUCAGAGGACGGGGGG